CGCCUCCCCGCUUUGAGCGCCCAGGCUCGGCUCUUCCUUACGUGGCGGGCCGCUAAAGGUCCGCCGGUUCUUCCGUGGGCUGCUGCGAUUGGGCAGACAACCUGUUCGGCAAUUUUCACUAAAAAUGUAAAUACACAGUUGGCAGCAGCAUGUGCGCGCGAGAGCUUUAUGUAAAUAAAACAGAAGUGAAAGCGUGUCACUCUGCUCUCCUUUCUAAGCGAAAACAAACUCUCUGAGGCGCAAUGUUGGGCAGAUAGUUGGAUAAAGGACUUUGGAUCAUUAUACGAGGUGACGCCUGCGCAGUCAUGCCUCAGCAGCUAACAGCGGCUGCGGUGCUGCAGCUCGUGCUGCUGCUCUCCGCAGUGCCCGCGCAGUACCUCCUCUCCAAGUGGACCAGCACGACGUCAGUGCAGCGCUUCCACGCAACCACACGACUUCUUAGAAUUUGGAAAGAGUGGAGAACAUCUUACCUCAAUGGCACCCUAUGGAUGGACUGGGCGAGCCAGCAUAUAUCUCAAGCCAAGUCCUUUCUUGGCUUUGGACUGGAGGAGGAAGAGGCGAAAAAGACAGAUCUCUUAGAGACAAUGCUUCAAGACAAUGACAAAGGAUUCUUUGGAGCAUCAAAGAAAGUGCGCCGCCCUCGUCCUCCCUAUGUGUUCCUCAGGGUGGGAGAUGUAGUGAUAGAGAGGAGGGGUAACAUGAUUGGUGUGGUGGUGAGCUGGGACUCAGAGCUCAAAGCCCCGCUUGAGUGGAUCGAAAGAAUAUAUUCCGACCAUGAGGGCAUCAAAGUCGAGAAGACACCUCAUUAUAAAGUUCUGUUUAGAGGGCCAUCACCCAGCUCAGUGUUUGUUGGUUACCUACCGCAGACACAACUGGAGCGCCUCACCGGGAUGAGGCCGGACAUAUCCACAUUGGGUGAAUACUUCACACACUUUGAUGGCGAGCGGUUCAUCAUGCAGCCGUGGCUCAGAGAGAUCUUCCCUGAGGAUGAAGACGAGGACUACUGACUACUCUUCUGUGAGAAGUUUCGACUUGCUGAACAUUAAAGCAAAUGUUUGAGCACAUCUAGGUUUGUUUUCAAAUUCACUCUUUGCUGAAAUGGAGUGAAAAGUGGGGGUGUUCUUUUGGGGAAAUGAAGUAAUUCUGAGACUCACUUACUGUGUGAAAUCAAAGCUGUUCUACUGUCAUAUCUUUCAGAUGUGCAAAUAAACAGUAUUUUAUUCAGAAAUACCAAAAAGUACAGUAACAGGAGAUAAAAAUAAACUUUUACUUUGAAGGUAGCCUGAUUUUUAAAGACAUUUGAUGUGGAUUAAUGAAAAUAGUCAGAAAAUACUGUAAGGAAAAAAUGUUUUGUCAAAAUGAAGUACAUUUACCUUUAAAUUUAAAAUCCUGUCUCAGCUGAGGUAGAAAAAGACUUGAAAAAUGCACUUUGCAGCUAUGCAAUAAAAUCAUUUUAACAGUGACA